AUGAUCGCCUCAGAUAGUGCUUUCUCACGUUUACCCACGGAGAUCCUCGCCAACAUCUCCUCCAUCCUCCAACGAUCCCAUUCCUACGGCUCCUUAUCCUCUUUCGGUCGUACCUCCAACUACUACAACACAAUCACCACACCUUAUCUGUACAGACACAUUGAAAUCACGGAAAUUCACUUAUCUAGGAUGCUAUACUCCAUCUCAACCCAUGACAAGCAGACCUCACCGGAUGGUCCAUGGCCGAUUGAUUAUCCGAAUUACCCUACCAACCUCCGAUACACCCAUCAGAUCACGUUGAGAAAAUGCGAUUACCCUAGUACGAUCGAAGUGAUUACAGAAACAUGGGGUUUCCUCAAUGAUGUCAGGUCAGAUAUAUGGUCCAAAUCUCCUUUUAUCGAAUUACAUACCCUCGUGCUAAAGAUUCAAAGCAAGGAUCAAUGGGCUCCGUCUUUCAUUAGGUCUAUCGAGCUUCUAGGUCAGGUCGUAACGAGGGGAAUCAAGCAUCUAUAUGUAAUCUUUGAAGAUACUCAGGAAUCCGCAAUACUGGUGCAGGAUAAUUCCGAAUGGAUCAAGUGGAUUGCCCCUUUCUCAAAUCAUUCAACGAAAGUUUACAUACAACAUACGCAAUUUAGCUCAUUCCCCCUAUAUCAUCGUCAAUUCCACUACGAGACAACGAAUGUAGAAUCACCGUACGUGCAAGAUCAACUCGAAGAAGGGAUUCUCAAGGCCACCUUUGAUAGAAGCAUGAUAAGAGUUGUAAAGUCAAAACCUGCAGAUAGUCGUUUGACAAACUCUCUCAUAAUUGAAAUACCAAAAGCUCCCUCGGAUUACAGAGAUACCAAGGUGAUGCCCUUCGUGCUAGAAGCAAAAGCAUCGAUCGAUCGAUUUCAAUAUGAUGGAAUGGAUCCGAAGUUGGCCCAUAGAUGGCUGGAUAAUAUACAAUGGGUUUGUGGGGAAGAUGUAGUUAAGGAAGAAGAGGGAUGUAGUAUCUGCGAGGGUGAGUCGGAAGUUUCCUCUUGA